AUGUGUAUGAAUGCUCUUCCUACUUUUGUGAAUUUGCAAAGAAAAGGUGUUAAUAUUUGUGAUAUUUGUCCGGCUUGUGGAAUGGAGCCUGAAUCGAAUCUCCAUGUUUUUGUUAAGUGUGAAGUGGCUAAGAGAGUAUGGAGAUGUUGGGUGGAUAGUCUUGCUGAUUUGCUGAAUGUAAAUAUGGAUAUUAUAGAUAUUGCUAUGGAAAUUUUUGAAUCUGGUACAUCUAGUGACUUGGAGGUUUUCUUUGGGGUUGCAUGGGCAAUCUGGUAUAAUAGAAAUAAAAUUGUGUAUGAGUCCUCAAGUCAGGUUCCUGAUUAUAUUUGGGGUUUUGCUAAAAAAUAUAUUCUUAAGUUCAAAAGUGCCUCAAUAGCUUGCUCUCAAAGCUUGUCUCGGUCAGAAGGAAAGUGGAUAGUGCCUCUUCCAGGUGUGUUCAAGAUCAAUGUUGAUGGUGCUGCAUUUGAAAAUGAUAGAAACUCAAGUGUGGGAGUUGUUAUAAGGGAUGCAGCUGGUAAUGUUCAUGCUGCUUGCUGUAAAUAUCUUCAGGGUCAAUACUUGGUGGAGGAAGUUGAAGUGCUGGCUAUGGAGUGUGCUGUUACUAGUGUCAUCGCAGCUGAAACUAGUGGCUGUCUUGGCCAUGUUUUUCAGGGGAUUCGUAGUUUGCUUUCUUCGUUUAGUAGCUGGAAAAUCAAGCAUAUGAAAAAAGAAUACAACAGGGCAGCUCAUGAGCUUGCACAGUAUGCGAGGCAGAAGGAAGAGUCUCAUGUCUGGAAGGGAGUUUGUCCUCCUAUGGUGAUUCAUGUUAUUCAGGAAGAUGGUAUUUAG